AUGGGACUCUCACUGAGACCCGGCUUCCUUCGUCGCGGCAGCGAUGAGAUUACUCCCACCACGGACGACACGCCUGUAGCUGUCAACACAACCGCCAAUGCUGACAAGGACGGAACCACGAUCCCGCUCGAUGAUGCCCUCAAGGCCGAUCAAGAAGUGCCUAGCGAAGACGCUCAGAAUGGUGUCCGGGAUAUCGAGGCUGUCACAUUGGCCUGGACCAAGAAAUCGCUGAUCAGUGUCCUUAUUUCCGUCUGGUUCGUCUACUUGCUCAACGCUUUCCAGAGCUCCACAGCGGGCAAUCUGGUUCCCUAUGUCACCAGUGACUGGGGUGAGCACUCGUUGAUGACCGUCGUGGACGUCGUCGCAAGCUCCAUGACUGCGGCUGUCUUCAUUCCUUUGGCCAAGUUUCUAGAUCUGUGGGGUCGAGCUGAAGGAUUUCUGGUCAUGGCAGCCUUCUCAGAGCUUGGCCUGAUCUUGAUGGCCACCAGCAAGAACCUUUCCACUUAUUGCGCUGCCAACGUGUUCUACUCAGUCGGCUUCACUGGUCUUAUCUAUAGCAUCGAUGUCGUCACCGCCGAUGCGACCAAUCUAAGGAAUCGAGCCCUCGCGUAUGCCUUCACCUCGUCUCCCUACAUGAUUUCUGCUUUCGCUGGGUCCUACGCUUCCGAAAGCAUGCUCUAUGACAUUGGCUGGGGUUGGGGCUUCGCUACAUAUGCGUUCAUUCUGCCCCUAGUAUGUGCGCCAUUGUACAUAUUGUUGAAAGUCAACCUUCGCAAAGCCAAAGCUUUCCAUGUCAUCGAGAAGGAGCCUAGUGGCCGAACAUUGAAGCAAAACAUCUGGUUUUACCUCAUUGAGUUCGACGCUCUCGGUGUCUUCCUCUUCGCCUCUGGUCUAAUCAUCUUCCUCCUUCCGUUUAAUAUUGCGUCUUCUGCACCCAACGGUUGGGCGACCGGCUAUAUCAUUGCCAUGAUUGUAGUUGGAUUUGUACUGCUGGUCGGCUUCGGCGUCAACGAGCUCUGGCUCGCCCCUGUGCCCUUUUUGAAGUUCCAAUUUCUGACAGACCGAACUCUGGUUGGCGCCUGCCUUCUGGACCUGACCUACAUGAUUUCGUACUACUGCUGGAAUGCCUACUUCACCUCCUUCCUCCAAGUCGUCAACUACCUGUCAGUUGCCGAGGCUGGCUAUGUCAACAACACCUUCAGCGUUGUCUCUGGAUUCCUUCUAUUCCUGGUUGGCUGGAGCAUUCGCAAGACUGGAUACUUCAAAUGGCUCCUCUGGGUCAGUGUGCCGCUCUACAUCCUCGCCCAGGGCCUCAUGAUCUAUUUCCGCAACCCGACAGGAUAUAUCGGCUAUAUCGUCAUGACCCAGAUCUUCAUCGCCAUUGGAGGCAGUGUAUUCAUUCUCUGCAUGCAGCUCGCUGUGCUUGCGGCCGUGGAUCAUCAGCAUGUGGCAGCCGCCCUCGCUAUGCUGAACGUCACCGGCACUGUCGGAGGCUCUGUUGGUUAUACCAUCUCGGGUGCUAUCUGGACCAAUGUUUUUGAGAAUGCCUUGAUCAAAUAUCUUCCUAAUGUUUCUCUAGACGAUAUUGCCAGCAUCUAUGGAGAUCUUGAUGUGCAGUUGAGCUAUCCCAAGGGUAGUGAUGAGCGCAUUGGUAUCCAGAAGGCGUACGGCUAUGCCCAAACUCGCAUGCUUGCGGCUGGCACUGCUAUUAUGGUCUUGUCGUUUAUCUGGGUGGCGCUGAUCCGGAACUUGAAUGUUUCGAAACUGAAGCAAACCAAGGGCAAUGUCUUCUAA